AUGGACGCAGCUUUGGAGCGAUUUAACGCAACAAGACCGACCGAUGAGCUGCCAAUCAAAAGAGUGGAGGGGAAAGUGGGACCCGUUGACGAGACAUUCAAGCUCGAAGGUCGAAAUAGAGUCUACGAAAGACAGUUUUACUCGAUGUAUCAAUACCGCUUAGAUACUCUGAGAGAACGAGUGUUGAAGAUGUGUUAUGCCAAAUGGAAUGAUAAUUUUAGACUUUGGGACCGAAAAGUAGUAAGAAAACAGAAAGUUCUCGAUAUUCGUGCAUCCGAACCUUCGUGGUGCGUGGGGACGAUCUAUUGUGAAAUGAAGUACAAGCCCAAUGUUUUGGAAGAAGUUGUGAAUGACGUUUAUGGCGCACCAGACCUGACACGAGGCUACACUGACGUUGAAGGCACAGACGAGAUUAUGCUUGAAGAUGAAAGUGGGCGCGUUUUACUGGUAGGUGAAGUUGUUACUUCUACGCCAUUUGUAAGUGGAACAGUGGUCGGAAUCUUGGGAAUGGAAGCUGAAGCGGGGACAUUUCAAGUGGUGGAUAUUUGCUAUCCAGAACCACUUCCGCAAUCGAUUAUUUCAGAAAACAGAGAAUCUCAGAAGAUAGCAUUCAUUUCGGGCUUAAACGUCAAGCCCAACGACCCUCAGUUGUCCUUGAGGAUCCAGCUGCUACAGGAUUUUUUGACAGGGGAUCUGGGCGCCCGUGAAAAUGCCCAAAAAAUCGUGCGUCUCGUGAUUUGCGGCAAUUCUAUGAAUCCAGAUACUCAAGAAGAUCUUCCUGGCUGUUUAAAUGAAUUAGGAACCUUUUUCGGGAACGUUUUACGUUCUUUAGCCAUCGAUUUGAUGCCGGGCGAAAAUGACCCAAGUGAUAAAAGUCUUCCGCAACAACCGUUGCAUAAGGCACUGUUUUCCGGUGCUUUCAGGAACAUGUUCGAAGCAGUAGAUCAGGAACUGUUCGAACCAAGAACUAAUCCCACUUGGCUGUCUAUUAACGAUAUUGACAUUUUGAGUGUCAGUGGGCAGAACACCGAUGAUAUACUAAGAUAUGUUCUUCCCAAUCAAAGUUCCUUUCUGGAUGAAUCAGAAGAGGGUAACAAUAUGAGAAUGCAUAUGAUGCAAGCUUGUCUUAGAUGGCAAAACAUAGCCCCAACGGCGCCAGACACUUUGUGGUGCUAUCCUUACAAAGAUAAUGAUCCUUUCAUACUGAACAAAUGGCCCCAUGUUUAUGUGGUCGGGAAUCAACCAAAGUUUCAAUGCAAAGAAACUAAUCUGGCUGAAGAUGUCAAGGUCAAGGUUAUAUCGGUACCCGAAUUCAGCAAGACAGGUGAGCUUGUUCUUUUCGAUACAAAAACUUUCGAAGUAGAAGUGAUGCAAAUCAAGGUAUGA